CUUCUCACUCCGGAGCUGGACAAAGGAAACAUCAACUUACAGCUGAGAGAAAGUCGAGAAUCGGAUAUAGGACAUUACCUUUGUCACGUGACGGAUGGAGUAAGAACGGGGAGGCUUGCAAUAAGACUUUGGUGGCAUGACUGGGUCUGAGCAUCUCCGAACCUGCAGCUCUUGUGGGAUGUUCCUGGUCUGCAGUGAUCUGUAUCUAUCAAAAUUGCUCCAAAGAAGGAACAGUGGUGAACCGACGACAGGGUUGUGGGCAGACGAGUCUCAUUGAUGCAUGUGGGGAGUGAAGGCUGGUCCAUGUGGUCCGAUCCAACAGAGCUGCUGAAGAAGUUCAUGCUGUUAAUGCCCAAAUGUUAUGCCUGAUAGAUGUAGUCUAAGAAAUAAAACACUUAAGGGUGAUAGAGUAAAGUAUCACAGGAGUGAAGAUAAUUACAAAAAAACAGUAUGUUCUCAAGUGUUGUACAAACCCUGAAUAUUUCACUUGACUGGCAGAAAGUUCUGGAACUGGGGACUGCUUUGAACUAUUAUGUAUAUAUGUGUGUGUGUGUGUGUGUGUGUGUGUGUGUGUGUGUUCUGUAACUCAGAAAUUUGUCCUGCAUUUUAAAAAAGGUCCUAGUUUAUGUAGUGUUCUAGUUUUGCAUCCUGUGUGCUGCUGAGUGUUUUGUAAAAUGAUACAGGUUGCCAGUUUAACUUCCUGUUUCACCUUUUUGUUUGCUGCAGUGUGUGGGGUACCUUCCUGUUUUUCUUAUUUCAGUUUCACAUAUUAAAGCUGCUUUGCCUGUCACGGCACCACAAUCCCACAUUUACUAGUGAUUUAGCACCAUGUUUAUGCAAACUUACAAUAUGCAAUGGUCUGUUGGUUUUAUUAAAUCUUCCCCACUAGGUGUCACUGUUGUUCAUUUUAAAUUCAUUUAUUAGCAAACUGUGGUCCAGAUGAGUCCUAUGAAAGAUUUUUUCCUAUGAUUGGGCAAAAAAUAAAUCUUGAUUGAGGGCCAGUAGAGGUAUAUAGUAGAGGUGGGCAUUUUUGCAGUUUAAAAAAUAAAAUAAAUUAUAUUAAAUGUUGAAUUAGAAAGGAAAAUUUGUGGCGAUGGCAAUGGUCAUACAUGACAUAGCAAACUAUAUACAUUAUAUGCAUAAAACAUGGCUUUCAGGUAAAAGAAAUUAUAAAUAUGUAAUAUGUGUAAACAGAGUCUAUUAUUUAGAGCAGUUGUUGGUCUGUUGGACUUAAAUUCUCUUUAUUGAUCUCAUGCAGAUCCUCUCCAAAGCUUUAGCAGACUCUUUCAGGUAAUUCUUAUAGUUUGUAUAUGUUUAUGUCAAAUUCUGUAUGCAUUUCUUCUACUGCUCCUGAUUUUUUUUUUUUUCUUGUGGCAUAUAAAAUGUUUUAUCAUAAACAUAUCUUGCUAGUUUUUUGUUCUGUAGAUAAUCAGGUUCUUUCUUCUAGUGCGGUGUCAUCCCUUAUAUUUACAUCCAGCAGGUAGGCACAUAAAUAUUUCAAACUGAAGUCUGUUAUAUAAUGGAGAGUAUAAUCCUGCAUCAUCCUAAAUUAAUCAGUCUCACUGCUAUUAGUAAGGAUGAUCGAUAGAUGGCAGCAUUGUGCAAAUUCUCAUGUGCAGAUAAAUAUAUCUACAGCAACGAAAUAUAAAGGCUCUGGGUGUGCAGAAUCUGAUACAUAAGUACAGUAAGUGUUUACUGCAUAUGGAAAUUUUAAAUUAGGAAACAUUCAGGGUGUGUGUAAUAGAUGUAGAUGUAAAAAAUAUGAGAUAUAUAAAUUUACACUAUAGAAUAUGUAUAUGUAUAUGGGAUAUUGAAUGUACAUUGGCACCAAGAUAAUGCAAAGUGUAUAUACUGAUGGUAUACAGAUAUAUAGAAGAUAAUCUAUAUGUGCUCUGACUUAUCAUAUUUACUGGCAGUAAAACUGCAAAGCAUCAAUAAGCCAUCAGUGUCCUUGCGGUGUAGUGUAGAGUUCAGUAGCAUGAUGGUUGUUGGAUAUAAAUUAUAUAAUAUAUUGCCAUUAUCUACUCUUAUUUGUUUGCAUUUGCAGUGGGGAAGAAAAUGGACAGAUGAGGAAAAAAUGAAAAUGGAAGAGUCUUCACUGCUGACUGAAUAUAAUAUGGAUGUUAAAAGCAUCAUGAAGGAACUCAUAAAGAAGCAAAGCACACUAGAGAAAACCGAGGAGCAACUGAAAAACACAAAGCUGGACUUACAAAGAGCAACAGAUGAUCUGGAGAAUAUCACAGUUCCAGACCAAUCAGGUUCCAUGCCAAAAGUGGAUCCCAUGAGUGGAAAAUUAUCAUGUUCAGAUUCUCCACAAUUGAGGCUGCUGCUGCUAGGGAGGACGGGGUCUGGGAAGACUGCAGCAAGAAACACCAUCCUGGGCAAAGAGGAGAGAAACCAGGCUGAAACAGCUACACCUUCAUCUACAUCCACCCAGCAGAGUGAAAGCACACAGGCAGAGGUGGCUGGGAGAAAACUGACUGUGGUGGACACUCCUGACUGGUUCUCUCCUGGACUCUCUCUGGAAAUAUUAAAGCAAGAUGUAGAACUCUGCGUUCAUCUCUCUGCUCCCGGACCCCACGCCUUCCUCCUGGUAAUACCUGUAAAGCAGCCUACAGGAGAGGAAAGGGGGAUGCUGGAGAAAAUAGAGGAGGUUUUUGGAGAGAAAUGUUGGGAAAUGGCCAUCCUCCUUUUUACUGUCUUUGAUGAAGCUCAGAAGAAGACCAUUGAGGAGUUUGUUCAAUCAGGAAACCAAGAAGUCCAAAAACUUAUGGAGAAAUGUGGGAACAGGUUUUACUGUCUCAACAUUAAGGACAGUGGAGAUGGUUCUCAGAUCUCAGAGCUGCUGGUAAAGGUAGAGAAGAUGGUGUCAGAAAAUGAAGGGAGAUUCCACAGUAGGGAGAUUUUUCUGGAUACAGAAUCUGAGAUUGAAAAAAUGCUCCAGUGGGCUAAGGAUAAGAAGGUAGCGAAUGAAGAAAGGGAAAUGAAGGUGAAGUUGGAGCAGGAGGUCCAGAAUUCUCAAAGAAAAAUUGAAGGAAUGAUCCAGGAGCACGAGGAAGAUAUCAAGCAGCUCAACAGUCAAAUAGCCGAACUGGAAGAGAAAAUAAAAGAAGAAAUGGAUGAAAUGAAAAAAGAGGAACUGAAAGGAGAACUGGAAGGAGAAAUGCAAAGGAAGACAAAGAUUGAGAAUAUAGUUAUGAUACUGAAUGAAAAGAUAGAAUGGGAGAAGAGAAAGAUGGAGGACAGUCUCAGGAAAAUGGUGGAGGAAAUCAAAAAGGCCUACGAAGAAGAGGCUGCAAUGGAAGCAGAGAGAAACCUUAUGAAGAUAAUGCUUCCUGAAAUCCAGAGGCAUUUUUUGACCUCCAAAGUAAAGAUGGAGGAAGAUUUUAGAGGACAAAUGGAAGAGAAGGAUAGAGAACUGGAGUUACUGAAACAGACUCUGAUGAAGCUUAGAGAAGAGGCAAAACAAUCCACUUUGCGGAACGAGGGUCAAGAGGUCUCUGGAGAAGUUGUCCCUCAAAACCAGUGUAGAAAACGUAUUGGGAGCAUCUAAAUACUGAGAAUUUACCCAAAAAAAUCUAUAAUUGAUUCUUACAAAAUUUUCUGGAGAGAAAUAAAUCUACUCUUGUCUGUGUCACAGACCUGGCAACCGGACUCAUACAAUAGUGCUGCAAAUGAUUUUGUUGGAUUAAAUAGGAAUUACAGAAGAAAAGCCAUUAGGGUGUUUAUGCAACUCAUGUCAAGUCAAGUCAAGUUUAUUUAAAUCUUUGAGUAUUUGAGUUUAUUGUCUCAAUGCAGCUUUACAGAAUUUAAGAGUUGAACAAUGUGUGUUUAUCCCUGAUGAGCAGCCAUGGCGAC